GGUGGUUGCCAUGGCGACAGAGGCGGGCGUGGGGGCGCGGCGGAGGCCUCGGCCAUGGGGGAGCCGGCGUUGACCUCGGCCCUGAAGUCCCCGGGGAGCCCCUCCAACCGCGCCUAUUGCCUGCGGCCGGCCUUCCACCACAAAUUCCGCUCCUCUAUUGUGAAAGAGUGCAUCCACGUGGUGUUAAAGGAGGAGCUAGCCGGUGUGCAGUACAGCCCUGACGAAAUCCCUUCCAUCACCAAACAGCUAUCCGAGAAAAUCCGAGAUACCUUGAAAGAAAAAGGAUUUCACCGAUACAAAAUAGUGGUGCAGGUGGUGAUUGGAGAGCAGAGAGGCGAGGGAGUGAACAUGGCGGCCCGAUGUUUCUGGGACGCAGACACAGACAACUACGCUCAGGACGUUUUCAUAAAUGACAGCCUCUUCUGCGUGGCAGCUGCCUUUGGCUGUUUCUACUACUGAGGCCAGGAGAGGAGCUCCGGGAAGAAUGUGCUGCCGUUCCAGAGAGAUCCACGGAGCCCCGUGUGCUCAGUGCUGCUGCUUCAGACCUUUGGGUGCUCCUCUGUGCAAAGCAAGCUGGGUUUUUUUGUUUUUUUAAGGUGAUCUUGCGAAAUAUUCCAGACUAAAUUCUGUUCCGGCUUUUAAGGUAGAGCCUGGGCCCGCUCCGUCAGGAAGUUCUCCCGCGCAGUCCGGUUGAAAUUAUUAGAAGCCGAGCAGCUCCUAUUCAGUCGCGCUUCUGCAGGAGAACUUCCCAAUGGAUUGAACCCAAUCGCUGACGUAGAACUGACAGACUGGUGUAAAAUGGGACCAAUCCCGAGACAGCCAUCACUGACUCGUGGAAUUACCGCUUGCAGAUCUGCUCUGUAGUUCAACUGCUGAACAGACUCCCGGUGGGUUGCAGUGCCCCUGGAGACUUCAUGAGAAAUGUAACUUAGGACAUUGUAUAAUUUUCAUUUUUUAAUAUAUAUAUU